AAGCUGCACGCGCUGGGAGCAUUUUCGUGGACUGCUGAGGUGCUAUGGGCCGAAGGAGAGCCCCGGGCGGUGGGACGCUCGGCCGGGCCCUCAUCCGCCACCAGGCUCAGCGGAGCCGUAGCCACCGUCACACCGACUCCUGGUUGCACACAAGCGAACUCAAUGAUGGCUACGAUUGGGGUCGUCUCAAUCUUCAGUCGGUGACUGAACAGAGUUCCCUCGAUGACUUCCUUGCGACUGCAGAACUCGCAGGAACAGAGUUUGUAGCAGAGAAGCUUAAUAUUAAGUUUGUGCUCCCUGAGGCCAGAACUGGACUGCUGUCUUUUGAAGAAAGCCAGAGAAUUAAAAAACUCCAUGAAGAAAAUAAACAGUUUUUGUGUAUUCCAAGAAGACCAAACUGGGACCAGAACACCAGCCCAGAAGAACUCAAACAGGCAGAGAAAGAUAACUUUCUAGAAUGGAGACGUCAACUUGUCCGGCUAGAAGAGGAACAGAAGCUAAUAUUGACUCCAUUUGAACGAAAUUUAGACUUUUGGCGCCAGCUCUGGAGGGUCAUUGAGAGAAGUGAUAUUGUGGUCCAGAUAGUAGAUGCCCGAAACCCACUCCUGUUCAGAUGUGAGGAUUUGGAAUGUUACGUGAAGGAAAUAGAUGCCAACAAGGAGAACGUCCUUCUGAUAAACAAGGAGGAUCUGUUGACUGCUGAGCAGCGGAACGCUUGGGCCAUGCACUUUGAAAAUGAACAAGUGAAGGUUAUCUUCUGGUCAGCUCUGGCGGAAGCCAAUCCGUUGAACAGUGUCUCUGAGGAACAAGUGAACAGAGACGGUGGAGAAUCCAACACAACUCAAUCUGGAAACUCCAGUUUUGAUGAGAGUGAGAUUUCACACGGUGAGACCGAGCAGCUCCUACACAGGGAUUCUCUCUCACUCAGUGAAGAUUCCUCUAGUGGUGAAGGCGACAGUGAGUAUGAGGACUGUCAGGAGGAGGAAGAGGAAGCUUGGCAGACGUGCUCGGAAGACAGUGGCCCUGAAGAGGCUUCUGGUCAGGACUGGAAGGAAAGCUGUACUGUGGGCUCUGAGGCUCAGGGCAGGAAAACGCCACUGAAAGGGCAGAGACACAAUUUCAGCCACCUAGUAUCAAAGCAGGAAUUACUGGAGCUCUUCAAGCAGCUACACACUGGGAAGAAAGUAAAAGAUGGGCAGCUUACUGUCGGACUGGUGGGCUACCCUAACGUUGGUAAGAGUUCAACAAUCAACACCAUCUUGGGCAACAAGAAAGUGUCUGUGUCUGCCACGCCUGGUCACACCAAGCAUUUUCAGACUCUGUAUGUGGAGCCUGGCCUCUGCCUGUGUGACUGCCCAGGCUUGGUGAUGCCAUCUUUUGUGUCUACCAAAGCAGAGAUGACUUGCAACGGCAUCCUCCCGAUUGACCAGAUGAGAGAUCACAUUCCACCUGUAUCACUGGUUUGUCAGAAUAUCCCAAGACAUGUUUUAGAAGCUACCUAUGGCAUAAAUAUCAUAAAACCUCGAGAGGAUGAAGAUCCCCUUCGACCUCCAACAUCAGAAGAACUGUUGACAGCUUAUGGAUGUAUGCGAGGAUUCAUGACAGCGCAUGGACAGCCAGACCAGCCUCGAUCUGCUCGCUACAUCCUGAAGGAUUACGUCAGCGGGAAACUGCUGUACUGUCAUCCCCCUCCUGGAAGAGAUCCCGUGACCUUUCAGCACCAACACCAACGACUCCUGGAGAGAACGGAUGGGGAUAGAAUAAGAACACAGCCAGGCGGAAAUAAAAAAGCAAAGCAGAUUGAAAAUGUAGUUGAUAAAAUGUUUUUUCAUCAAGAGAAUGUGCGAGCUCUGACCAAAGGAGUCCAGGCUGUGAUGGGUUACAAGCCUGGUAGUGGCGUGGUGACUGCCGCUGCUGUGAGCUCUGAGAGCGUGGCUGGGAAGCCCUGGAAAAAACACGGCAACAGAAAUAAGAAAGAGAAAAGUCGGAGACUCUACAAGCACCUGGAUAUGUGAACCUGGGCCGCCCCAGCAGUGGCAUCUGCACUGAGCAGGCGGGAAAGAGCAGAAGCCGCUUGUCGUGUGGCAGCCUUCAAGACAGUGGGUCUGCCAUGGUCCUGGCUCUCGCGGAGCGCAGCCCAUCCGACAGCCUCCUGUCAGGACGGACAGGCUCCUGGAAACAGCAGCGUCAGCGGAACGUCGUCAUCUGGGAGCCCAGGAGCCCGCUCUUGGAGAAGGCCGAGCUUGGGAUGAGGGAAUGAAUGGUGUGUAUUUGUUUAUGUAAACAUGUACAUGCAUAUUAAUUCAUGAGCUGGGACAUUUUUAUAAAAUAUAUUAAAAUUUAAUAUGCCACCAACCCGUUUUAAUUGGUU